UGUCUCCCGACUGCCAAGAUGGCGGCCUCCGGGAGCUGCGUUCUAUGGAGCUACUGCGGUCAUGGGUGGUCGCGGGUGAUGCGGUGCUGCAGGCUCCCCGGGUUUCGUAGCUCCUGGCCCGGGGGCCCGCUAGUUGCGCGGCACUUGUCCCAAGAGAAGCGGGCAACGGAAACGCACUUCGGGUUUGAGACUGUGUCGGAGGAGGAGAAGGGGGGCAAAGUCUAUCAGGUGUUUGAAAGUGUGGCCAAGAAGUAUGAUGUGAUGAAUGAUAUGAUGAGUCUUGGUAUCCAUCGUGUUUGGAAGGAUUUGCUGCUCGGGAAGAUGCACCCAUUUCCUGGGACCCAGCUGCUGGAUGUUGCUGGAGGCACAGGUGACAUUGCAUUCCGGUUCCUUAAAUACGUUCAGGCACAGCAUCAGAGAAAGCAGAAGAGGCAGCUAAGGGCCCAACAAAAUUUAUCCUGGGAAGAGAUUGCCAAAAAGUACCAGAAUGAAGAGGAUUCCUUAGGUGGUUCCCGUGUCAUGGUCUGUGAUAUCAAUAAGGAGAUGCUAAAGAUUGGAAAGCAGAAAGCCCGUGCUCAAGGAUACAAAGCUGGACUUGCUUGGGUAUUGGGAGAUGCUGAAGAACUGCCCUUUGAUGAUGACAAGUUUGAUGUUUACACCAUUGCCUUUGGGAUCCGCAAUGUCACACACAUUGAUCGGGCACUCCAGGAAGCCCACCGGGUCCUGAAACCAGGAGGACGGUUUCUCUGUCUGGAGUUUAGCCAAGUGAACAAUCCCCUCAUAUCCAGGCUUUAUGAUCUGUAUAGCUUCCAGGUCAUUCCUGUCCUGGGAGAGGUCAUCGCAGGAGACUGGAAGUCCUACCAAUACCUUGUAGAGAGUAUCCGACAGUUCCCCUCUCAGGAGGAGUUCAAGGAGAUGAUAGAAGAUGCAGGUUUUCAGAAGGUGACCUAUGAAAGUCUAACAUCAGGCAUCGUGGCCAUUCAUUCUGGCUUCAAACUGUAACUCUUUUAAGAUCCUGGAGCUGAGCGUGAACCAGUCACAUCCUGUCAAAAGCCUGGAGCUGACGGAUAAUCUGGCUAGUGAGACCAGCGGCAGAACAUCUCCUCUUAAGGAUAUGUGCCUUGAACUCAUGUUCUGAUGUCACCAGUCUCAAAGUGGAAAAAACAAAUUCCUGUCACUUUAUUGCAGCUUUCCUUAGGAGCUGCUUCGGGCCUUCUCCCAGAGGUAUUUGGUCUCUAUUUUUUGCUCCACUCCUAAUUUUUCUUGGCUGUGCAGUGUGCUGUUAAGGUAAAACCAGCGCUAAAGCUCAGUUUUAAAGUGUCUUUGUAGCUUCUCUGCUGGUGCUGCCUUCCAGAGGGAUAAUCAAUCAUUUGAACCCAAUGAUGAUUUGAAUCAGAAAACUUCCCAGCUGUACCUGAGUCCACCUUUCAGCCCAGGACUAAGUCAGGGGCCAAAAGCCAAGGCCCAAAUCAGAGGGCUAACAAUCCCAACUAGAAUUAUGCACCGAACCACUACAUGAGUUUACAAUUUGUGUGGCAUUUGUCAUUUUUCCUUGAGGGAGGUGAAAGAAAUACAUUUUUAUCAUCAUUCAUUCAGUCCUCUUCUACCAAAAGCCACUAUUGUGUUCUCAGUGCCUGUUACGAAGAAAACAACUCAACAAAUCCUUGUUGAAAGAAUAAAUGUGCAAACUUCUGCUUUCAUGUCA